ACCGGCCCGGCCUCCCCCGGCUCCGGUUCCCCGGUCCUCCGGUCCCCCGGGUAGGUCGGGGCCCGUGAGGGUGUGGGCGUCGUCGUCGUCGUCGUCCGGGGUGGCUCCGGAGCCGCCCCUGAGCCGUCGUCUCGCCGCGUGUCCCCGCAGGGCCCGCCUCGUCCGCCAGCCGCCAUGGCCGAUCCCGCCCCCAACGGCCCGCAGGCGCCGGGUGCCGUGGGUUUGGAGGAGGCAAAUGUACCCGGAGAAAUGCGUACAAGUCAGGAUUCGGGGUUGGGAGGAUGGACAUCCCAAAGAGAGGUUUCCUGGAGGAAGGUGGCAUGAGGAGCAAUUUAUGAUGACCAAUAAGUUGGACACCGCAAUGUGGAUUUCUCGCCUGUUCACAGUUUAUUGUUCUGCUUUAUUUGUGCUUCCUCUUCUUGGGUUGCAUGAAGCGGCCAGCUUCUACCAGCGCGCCUUGCUGGCCAACGCUCUGACCAGUGCCCUCCGCCUGCACCAGAGGCUGCCGCACUUCCAGUUGAGCAGGGCUUUCCUGGCCCAGGCUCUGUUAGAGGACAGCUGUCACUACCUUUUGUACUCGCUCAUCUUUGUCAACUCCUACCCCGUCACAAUGAGUAUCUUCCCAGUCCUGCUGUUCUCUCUGCUUCAUGCCACUACCUACACGAAGAAGGUCUUGGACGCAAAAGGGUCAAAUAGCUUGCCUCUUCUGCGAUCCCUUUUGGAGAAGUUAAAUGCUAACCAGCAGAACAUUCUGAAAUUCAUUGCCUGCAAUGAAAUCUUCUUGAUGCCGGCUACGGUUUUUAUGCUUCUCAGUGGUCAAGGAAGCUUGCUCCAGCCUUUUAUAUACUACAGGUUUCUCACUCUGCGCUACUCUUCCCGAAGAAAUCCAUAUUGCCGGACUCUGUUUAACGAGCUGAGGAUCGUGGUGGAGCACCUCAUCAUGAAGCCCUCGUGCCCCUUGGUGGUGAGAAGACUCUGUCUGCACAGCAUCGCCUUCAUCAGCAGACUGGCGCCCACGGUAGCGUAGGGCCGGCCGCGGGCAGUCCGGCGGGCACGCUCCCGGUGGGCGUCCUCCCGGCGGGCGCGGUCCCGGCGGCCGACUCUCCUGCUCCGGGCUGCCGCUUCCCUUCCCGUCCCUCCCCGCCCUGGGGGUCAGAACAGGUUGUGUAAACGGAGCCCUCCCCUCCCCUGCUCCCUCUUUCUCUGUGAAAAAAGACUCCGUUUUGUCACGUC